GAUGACGUCAGCACUGAACAUGGCUGCGGUGGGGAAGACGGGAGUCGGUGACUCCGCAGCGGGAAUAAUCGCAGUUUUACUGUCACUGCAGAUCCUUUCUGUGAUCUGCACAACGGCACCGGAAGCUGGCGUAGGCAAUAUGAACAAAACCAUCAUUAUACCUAAUAAGAACACAUCGAGCAUCCAGAAUGGCAGUCUUCAGAGGGAAUCGCCCGAGUUGAAUGUGAUGGCAGCUUCUACUGUCGAAAACGACAUCAGCACCAAAUCAGCAGAGACUCCUACUGCUCCACCUACGACUGCCUCCUCAGACAUGCACAAAACCACUCCAGACCAGCUUACAUCCACCAAACACAGACCACCAGAGACCACCCCUACACCUUCAAACAAGCCCACCACCGGCUCCAACCCUGCAGCUGACGAAACCGACAUUACCUUCGAUUACACGUCCCCCCGCACGUCUCAAGAACCAGACAUAAGCUUUGAAGAUGGCGUCGAUGAUGAUGGUGAUAUUGGAGAAAACACGAAGGCGCCUCAAGACGGCAAGGAAGUAAAGAAAAACUCCCCUAAGAGCUCUGAAGAAAUGGAUAACCAAAUCGAAGACCCCUACACCCCACAGGAUGAAGAUUCCCACUUCUUCUUUCAUCUGGUCAUCAUCGCCUUUCUGGUGGCCAUCGUGUACAUCACCUACCACAACAAGAGAAAGCUGAUGCUGCUGGCUCAGAGUCGCCGCUGGCGGGACGGUUUCUGCUCGCGUGGGGUGGAGUAUCACCGGCUCGACCACAACGUCAACGAGGCCAUGCCUUCGCUCAAGAUGACCAACGAUUACAUCUUUUGAAGGACUGCAAACAGCUGAUUUUGUCCACACAUGGUGUCUUAUUUAUUCAGGGGAGGAGGGAUUGUGCUUUAGUAGUUUGUUUGUGUGCACUCUUCAGAUGGAUUAGUUCUCAUUUUCUUCUUCUUGUUCUUCGGUUUCUGUAAAAUCAUACGGAUUUUUCUCUAAUUUAAUAAUUCUUGAAGAAAAUCAAAUUAAGUUCUGUCCCUGUAAAUAUUUGAUUAUAAAGCUGCGGUCUGUCACAUAGGCCCAGAUCAAAGUAGCGGUAACUAUUGUGAGUUCAGCACAGCCAUGCUAACUCCAGUACAGAUUAAAUGUGUGUGUGUGUGUGUGUGUUUGCUUGUUAUGUUUGGGUUAUGACUUCAGUGAAGUUGUUGUGUAUGAGCCAGGCCUGCUGUUGACAAAGCUUCAGAGAUUUAUGGCAAAUAAGCAUACAACUGUUAUUUCUUUUUUUCACUUGCUUUUGAGCAUUGGUCCAUCUCAACAUGACUGUAGCAGCAGCAGGAGACAUCAAUAUGUGUGUGCAGAUCUGUUUUAGCUAUAACACUAAUAACACACACUACAGCUUCUUCAUCUCUGAUUCCUGUCAGAGCACAUGAAGGUUGUGUCUGUGCAUGAAGACAGCAUAUUGAUUUCUUUUUCAAUCAUCAUGAAUUUUGUUCAUCAAUAAAGCACCUCUGUAUGCAGACA